CCUCUCUCUGUACACAUCACGCCGGCACACACACACACAUACUCACACGCACAGAUCAAGGCAGGCAGGCAAGAGAGAACGAGAACGACCAGGAAGGAGUGGAGUGAGUGCGUCGCUGCGAUCGUUGAACGUGCGAGCCCUGGCGAAAUUCCUCUCCUCACACGAGGUGAAGGCAUGGAUACCUCGACAGGCCAGGCCUUCCACCCGGCAAUCACAGUGCCUGAACCAACACACACGCACGGGUUCGGCGACCGACUCACCUGCAGUGCCUCCCCCGCCCGCCCACACGUACCUCGAGGCACUUGACCGCCAGCUCGUAGAUCUUGCGUAUGUCACAGGUGGGGUUCCAUUGUGCCUUGACCGCCCCCCCGCCCUCCGCCAGCAGGCCUUGCAGCUCACACGUGAGCGACUGCGGGUCUUCCGCUGGCGGCAGCGAUAUGUGCGGCACCGAUACAGACGACAAGAGCUGCACACAGACAGACACAGGGGGUGUGAGAGGUCUCUCCCUGUCUGUCUGUCUAUCUGCGUUACCGAUGGGCUAGACGUGUGUGUGAUGGAGAUCGUAGGCGGCGAGUGGGGGUAAUAGUCGGGGAACGUGGCGGCCAGGUAGAACUCGUGACCACCCAACGAACCUGCAGGCAGAGCAGAGAAAGACCGACACCAAUCAGAAGGAGAGUCUGAUGCAUCUCACAACAUGCUCGCAGCGUCUUGCCUCCGCUCUCGACCCACCCAUGCGAACAGAGAUCUUGAGAGUGGCGCUCGAGUAGUCCUCCUUGACCUUCACCACCGCCCCUUCCACCGAGCUGCGCAGCUCCUCUAAAUCCUUCUUGACCCGAAUGUUCCUCACCCCCUCACCCCGCCGCACCUGUGUGGGUCGCCAGCGCUUGCCUGAGCAGCUGCCGCUGCCCUCUCGAGAGCCCGACCUCGACCGCUUCCUCUUGCAGACGCUGGCGGGGCGGUGGUUCUCCAUCAUGUCAUCUCAUGGACUGCUCAUCGAGUUAGCUCCUCGCGGGAUAUAGAUGAGGAGCUAAACAGAGAAAGGUUUGCC